GGCCUGGAGGAAGAUUUGGGCUACCUGGUGGGCGAUUGUCUCCUCGCUUCAGCCUUUGUGUCUUACAUGGGGCCCUUCCUGUCCAAUUACCGGGACGAGAUGGUCUCCCACAUCUGGAUGAAGCAGAUCCGGCAGCUUCACGUGCCCUGCUCGCCCAUGUUCACCUGCGACAGCUUCCUCUCCAACCCAACCAUGGUGCGCACCUGGAACAUCCAGGGACUGCCCUCCGACGACUUCUCCACCGAAAACGGGAUUAUCGUCACGCGUGGGAACCGGUGGCCUCUGAUGAUCGACCCUCAAUGCCAGGCCACCAAGUGGAUCAAGAACAUGGAAGCCAAGAAAGGUUUGAAGAUCAUUGACCUGCAGAUGCCCGACUACUUGCGCAUCCUGGAGACGGCCAUCCAGGUUGGCUCUCCAGUGCUGCUCCAGAACGUGCAGGAGGAGCUGGACCCCACCCUCGCCCCCAUCCUGAACAAGUCGGUCACCAAAGUGGGUGGGCGCAUGCUGAUCCGGCUGGGGGACAAGGAGGUGGACUACCACCCCGAUUUCCGAUUCUACCUUACCACCAAGCUCCCCAACCCUCACUACACGCCCGAGACUUCCUCGCAGACCACCAUCGUCAACUUUGCCGUCAAGGAGCAGGGCCUGGAGGCCCAGCUGCUGGGCAUCGUGGUCCGGAAGGAGCGGCCCGAACUGGAGGAACAGAAGGACUCCCUGGUGCUCAACAUUGCAGCCGGCAAGAGGAAGCUGAAGGAGCUGGAAGAUGAGAUCCUCAGGAUGUCCUUUCUGAGGCUGGGGGAUAGGGGAUACGGGCCUCUCCCUGAAGAACAGCCGGGCGCCUACCGGCCUUGUGCCCAGAGAGCCUCCAUCCUCUUCUUCGUGUUGAACGACAUGGGGCGCAUCGACCCCAUGUACCAGUUCUCCCUGGAUGCCUACAUCGACCUCUUCAACCUGAGCAUCAACAAGAGCCAUCGCAGUCACAAGCUGGACGAACGAAUCCGACACCUCAACGAGUACCACACCUACGCCGUCUACAGGUACACCUGCCGCGGCCUCUUUGAGCGGCACAAGCUGCUCUUCAGCUUCCAGAUGUGUGCCAAGAUCCUGGAAAUGUCCGGCACUCUCAAGAUGGACGAAUACAAUUUCUUCCUGCGCGGCGGAGUGGUGCUGGACCGGGAAGGGCAGAUGGACAAUCCGUGCACCAGCUGGCUCUCCGACAUCUACUGGGACAACGUCACGGAACUGGACAAACUGACCAAUUUUCACGGCAUCAUGAACUCCUUCGAACAGUAUCCCAGGGACUGGAACCUGUGGUACACCAGCUCCAAGCCGGAGAAGGCCAUGCUGCCAGGCGAGUGGGAGAACUCCUGCAACCAAAUGCAACGGAUGUUGGUCGUCCGGUCUCUGCGGCCGGACCGGGUGGCCUUCUGCGUCACGGCCUUCAUCGUCUCCAAUCUGGGCUCCCAGUUUAUCGAGCCCCCCGUGCUGAACAUGAAGUCGGUGGUGGACGACUCCACCACAAAGACCCCCCUGAUCUUCGUCCUGUCUCCUGGUGUCGACCCCACCUCUUCCCUACUUCAGCUGGCCGAGCAGUCGGGCAUGGCGCAGCAUUUUCACGCCCUGUCCUUGGGCCAGGGCCAGGCGCCCAUUGCCACGCGUAUGAUUAAGGACGGGGUCCACCAGGGUAACUGGGUUUUCCUGGCCAACUGCCACCUGUCUCUGUCCUGGAUGCCCCAGCUGGACAAACUGGUGGAACAGCUGCAGGUUGAAGAGCCGCAUCCUUCCUUCCGCCUGUGGCUGAGCUCCAGCCCCCACCCCGAAUUCCCCAUCUCUAUCCUGCAGGCGGGCAUCAAGAUGACAACCGAGCCCCCCACGGGCUUGAAGGCAAACAUGAAGCGGCUGUACCAGCUGAUCACGGACCCCCAGUUCAACCGUUGCACGAAGCCCAACAAGUACAAGAAGCUGCUCUUCGCCCUCUGCUUCUUCCACAGCGUCCUGCUGGAACGCAAGAAGUUUCUGCAGCUGGGCUGGAACAUCAUCUACGGCUUCAACGACUCCGAUUUCGAGGUGUCCGAGAAUCUCCUGAGCCUCUACCUGGACGAGUACGAAGACACCCCCUGGGACGCUCUGAAGUACCUGAUCGCGGGGGUCAACUAUGGGGGCCACGUGACGGACGACUGGGACCGGCGUCUCCUCACCACCUACAUCAACGACUACUUCUGCGAUCAAACAGUGGCCGCCCCCUUCUACAAGCUAACGGUGUUGGACACUUACUACAUCCCCAAGGAUGGCAACCUGUCUUCCUACAAGGAGUACAUCAGCCUUCUGCCAGGCAUGGACCCCCCAGAGGCCUUUGGCCAGCACCCCAAUGCUGACGUGGCCUCGCAGAUCACCGAGGCCCGGACGCUCUUCGAAACUCUGCUGUCCCUCCAGCCCCAAACCACCCCAACCGGGGUGGCUGGGCAGAGCCGGGAGGACAAGGUACGGGCCUCUUCGCGAAGUCCAGCUCAGCACGGUCCGAGCUGCUCGUGCCACGGACAGGCAUCCAAGCGGGUUUCGCCUGGUGCAGGUGCCAACCAGAGCCGGACACAAGAAGCAGUUCAAGAAAGUUUUGUUGAAGUAUUUCAGUGGCCAAAGAAAUACAAAGGUCAUAAUGUCCCCGCUCAGGCAGGAGGCCCUAGGCCAUAA